GCGGUGCGAGCACCUCUAUACCUCCUCCUUGUCUUACCUCCCUGAGCUCCCUGUCCCCCACUUUUCAGCUGCCACGCAGACAGCUUCUCGGGCCCCCAGUCUAUCAUAAUUGAAAAAAAAUGAUGGAAGAGAGUGGAAUAGAGACAACACCACCUGGAACUCCUCCACCAAAUUCUGCGGCGGGACUGGCUGCUGCUGCUGCUGCUGCUGCGAUGUGCUCCACGCCCGUUCCUUUAGCUGCAACCAGUUCUUUUUCUUCUCCAAAUGUAUCUUCUGUGCAGUCCCUGCCACCACACGCAUCCUCUACCCCUCAGCCGUCCCUUCCUCCUGUGAAGCCUUCAGCAUCAUUGCCUUUUGUGCCUCCUUCACCGGUUCCGUCUGCUCCACCACUUGUUACUGCUAUACCACCUCCUGUGUCUCCACCAACUGCUGCUGCCUUUAGUAAUCCUCCUUUGCCCCACUUCCCAACUUCAACCUCUGCUCCAAGUACUCUUCCAUCUGCGCCCCCUUCCGGUCCUCCUACAUCAGGAUUUUCUGUUGGAUCAGCAUAUGACAUCACAAGGGGACAUGCAGGAAGAGCUCCCCAGACACCCCUGAUGCCGUCAUUUUCUGCACCUCCAGUAACAGGUAUUUUGCCAGCCCCCAUUACUCAGCAAGCCAGUUUGACUUCUCUGGCCCCAGGAACUGAAACCACGUCAGCCAUUACUUUUCCAGAGGAACAAGAAGAUCCUAGAAUUGUUAGAGAUCAGGAUGAAGCAUCUGCUAGUGGAAUCUGGGGUUUUAUCAAGGGUGUAGCUGGGAAUCCUAUGGUGAAAUCUGUGCUUGAUAAAACAAAACAUUCUGUAGAAAGCAUGAUUACAACGCUGGACCCCGGCAUGGCUCCAUAUAUCAAAUCUGGAGGUGAACUGGAUAUUGUAGUGACCUCAAAUAAAGAAGUAAAAGUUGCUGCUGUCCGAGAUGCCUUCCAGGAGGUCUUUGGCUUAGCUGUGGUUAUGGGGGAAGCUGUUCAGUCCAAUAUUGCCCCCCAACCAGUGGGCUAUGCAGCUGGAUUAAAAGGUGCCCAGGAACGGAUAGAUACCUUGCGUCGAACUGGAGUGAUCCAUGAGAAACAGAUUGCUGUGUCAGUAGAAAACUUUAUUGCAGAAUUGCUUCCUGACAAAUGGUUUGAUAUUGGCUGUUUGAUAGUUGAAGAUCCUGUCCAUGGCAUUCAUCUAGAAACAUUUACACAAGCCACACCGGUGCCUUUGGAAUUCGUACAACAGGCUCAAAGUCUAACUCCCCAGGACUACAAUCUGAGGUGGUCAGGCCUUUUGGUGACAGUGGGCGAAGUCCUGGAAAAGAGUUUAGCAAAUGUCAGCCGGACUGAUUGGCACCUGGCCUUCACUGGCAUGUCACAGCGACAGAUGAUCUACAGUGCAGCCAAAGCAAUAGCGGGCAUGUAUAAACAGCGCCUGCCCCCCAGGACCGUGUGAGAGACUUACCUAGAUCCUGAGACGGCCUCACCGUGAGCUUGGUGGUAAAGAAGACAUUUUACUUUCUGAAAUUGGAUAGCGUCAGUGAUCCAGCAGUUUUGGUAAUUUUCCUGUAGGCUGCAAUUUUUCCUUUCCCUUUAAAAAGCCAUAGUGUCAUGUCAGCAAAUGAAAGGAAACAGAUUCUUUUAUGAUCAUUUAAUUACAUGUACUAUAGUUCUCAAAUAUAUAAGUAUUUUUAUAGGACAAUUUGAUACCAGAUUUAGAGUACAAAUUCAUGUGUUAAGAAAUUUAACUUGAUAUGUACUUGAUUAUUUUGUUUUUCAUAACACAGUUAAUGACAUGCUUGUUGAAUAUUCUUUAAAAGCAUUGUUUCUUUUAAUUCAAGAUUAAUAUCUGUCAUUCUUUGAAGGUUUUUUUGUGUGUGCACAUGAUCUCAGGUCUGAUGCUGAGGGUGUGCUCAACAAUUUACUCUAAAACACCUACCUGUAGAGAGAUGGUGCACAUUUUGUUUGCAUAUUUUUAACAUGGGCCAAAACAACAGAAUGGAUCACUUUCUCUUCGGUUAUCAUGUACACACUGUGUGAAUAAUGCUCUAUUUUUCUUUUUUUUUAAGUAAGUUCUGGCAUCUUACAGAUUUAUGCUCUGAACAUUAGGGUAAUACAUUUUACUUUUUGAUUGUUAUGUGACAACUAAAUGGCAAAUGAUUCGAGUAUUUUUUAAAAUCAGAA